ACAGCUCCGCUAUCUUGGUCUAGAAGGAUGAUGAUUGCUCUUGGAGCUGCGAAAGGUCUUGCUUUCCUCCACAAUGCUGAAAGACCGGUUAUUUAUAGGGAUUUCAAGACUUCCAAUAUACUGCUUGACUCGGACUACACAGCCAAGCUUUCAGAUUUUGGCUUAGCUAAAGCUGGGCCCCAGGGUGAUGAAACACAUGUAUCAACUCGAGUUAUGGGUACUUAUGGCUAUGCUGCCCCAGAAUAUGUGAUGACUGGACACCUGACGGCUAGAAGUGAUGUGUACAGCUUUGGAGUUGUACUUCUAGAGAUGUUGACAGGAAGAAAAUCAGUGGACAAGACAAGACCUAGCAAAGAGCAGAACUUGGUUGAUUGGGCUCGGCCGAAGCUAAAUGAUAAAAGAAAACUGCUGCAAAUAAUUGACCCAAGACUGGAGAACCAGUACUCUGUCAGGGCAGCUCAGAAAGCAUGCAGCUUGGCGUAUUAUUGUCUUAGCCAGAACCCGAAAGCUAGGCCAUUGAUGAGCGAUGUGGUUGAGACUUUGGAACCUUUGCAGUGUACAGGUGAUGCCCUGAUCCCUGGUGCCACAACUGCAGCUGGAGCUGCAUUUGCAAUGGGCGGGGUGCCUGAUUACAGAAUGCACCGGAGGUUUGGAAAGAACGUUGGGCCUGGUGCGAUUUGCAGGUCACCCAAUCCAAAUUGUUCACCAGGUGGACCUGCAGCAUGCAGAGUUCGGUGAUUACUGUCAAGUGUACAUAAUCGGUUUCGCUGUGUCUCCUUUUGCGCAAUUUCUCCCAGAGUCAAACGUCUGGUUGAUAAAAAUCGUUGUUUUUGUUGUUGUUGUUGUUGUUGUUGUUGUUGUUAAUGCUGCUGUUUAUUGCCAAUUAACUUUCUUGA